UGGCCGGCCCAGCCAGGGGGCGCUCCCAUACAUCCAGGACCGGAAACGACCCCAGCGACAUCUACGGCUACUUCGACAGUCGUCUUUACCAUGUGGCUGGCAACGGAACCGGAAGUGCUUUCAGCAGUAUAUUCGACGAGUGCGACUCCGAUUUCGGCGACGAGGACCUGCCUUUCGUCCACUACCUGCCGCUGGUGCUGUACCCGUUCCUCCUGCUACAGGGGAUCGUGGGCAACCUGCUGGCCAUCCCGGUACUGGUUAGUGUCAGCCGGACUGCCUGGUCCACGGUCUUCUACCUGGCCUGUCUCGGGGGCACCGACCUAAUGCUGCUGCUAAUUCGGUGUGGGGAUGCCUG